AUGUCUGAAGUAGCACUUACAAGAAGAGAACAACAAGCCUUAAGAAAGGCAGCACUUGAAGCAGCACCUGUCAGAACCUUGAGAGAUAUUGGAUCUGCAUUGGAACCUUCAACAAUUCCUAAUGUUAUGAAGUUGAAGUCUAACAUUGUUUGUGUUUUUGCUUCUGAGUGGGAACUUUACAAACAAGAAAUUGAAGAACAAUGCUGCGUCAAGUGUAUUGUCAGUCGUCCUAAUAGACAUAGUUCCGCUGUUGAUAUCACCAAGAAGAGGCAUGUGCUCUUUUCCCAAGUAUACUCCUGUCAUAGAGGUGGAAGCUAUGAACCUGAAAGCAGAGAAAAGCAUCCAAUUCAAUGUAAAUCGAAGAAAGUUGGCUGUGAGGCAACUCUCACUAUUACUUGUUAUGCUGACAAGUCUCAUGUUUAUGUGUUUGAUUUUAUUGUCAAUCACACCAACCAUAUUCCUGAGAAUAUUAAAACCGAUCUUGGACUUAUUCCUUUAACUCGAGCCAGUCCAGGCUCACCAGCUAGAAAAAUCAGACUUGAGAUUCUUUGCAACAUCGACCAGCAAGAGUAUUCUCUCAAUGGAUAUAAAAUCAACUACUUUGAUAUUUACAACAAAAUACUUGCAAUCAACCAAACAAUCUUUUGUUUGCACGAGGACGACUUUAAGUCUAUGAAGAUGUGGUUUACCAAAAAACUUUCUCCCAAAGGUUUUAUUAUCUUUGAAGCUGCAGCAGCAUUCUGUAUGGAUGCCACCUACAGUAUCACUCAAAGAUUGGAUGACAUUCUUUAUACUAUUGUCAUUUGUGAUGAAGAACUUGAUCGUGGUUUCCCCUGUGCAUACAUGCUGACCAAUGACCAUUCCUUAGGUCCAAUUGUCCAAUGGUUGAAGCACUUGAAAGACAAUCAGUUGAUUGUAAACCCCUGGCAGUUUACUAUUGACUGUAGUGAUGCUGAGACAAAUGUACUCAUGGCAAUCUUCCCUGGAUGCCAGAUCCAAUACUGUCUUUUUCACGUCAGUCAAGCAUGCAAAGUCAACCUGAUUUUGUCCGAUACUUUGAGACCAAUUGGUGUACCAUGGCUAAAGUUCUACUUCAAAGAGGAGAGUAUCAGAAUCAAUAUGCGCAGUGGCCCAAUGACAGCUGCCCAAAGACAAAAAAGAAAGAUAGAGAUGUCUGCUGAAGCUGUUCCAGCAUACAUGCAUGCUAAUAUGAUUGUUAGCCCAUCAAAAGCAAUGUCUCUGAACGCCACUCUUGAUGACACUGAUGAUAUUCUUGAAGAUGGGUUUUGGUUCAUCAACUCAUUUACCAAGGAUAGUAUUACCUAUCAAGUUGAAGUUAACAACAAUGUUAUUCUUUCUUGUACAUGUUAUUCUUGGGCUAGGUAUAUGAAGCCUUGUAAGCAUAUGCAUUUGCUCCGUAUCCAUAUGUCAGGCUUUGCUUUCUUAUCUGUGGCUCCUGCAAAUAAUGUGCUGCCAAUCACAAUUUUUGGUGAGCAGUUCGUUAAUGACAACACUAUGUUGAUUGAUGGCACAAGGGAGAGUACUGGGCGUAGACAUAAUGAGCAAGACUUGUAUCAACUGAUGCAGUAUGCUACAGAAGAGGAAGCAGAGGUUAUCAGAGCAGCAUAUGCUGCUCCCAUAAAGACUUUUCAAGAAAUCAAAGCUAAAUAUGAAGCUCAUUUUAGAACUUUAAAUACACAACGUCAUUAA